AGACAUGAAAUCAAACAAAAUAACUAUGAACAGGUAUGUACAAAGAUCUAGAGAGUUAUAGAAAGUUGUAAAGCACUGAUUCUCAACUGGGAGUUAGUUCCACCCCCAUACACCUAGCAGACAUUUGGCAAUAUCUGGAGAAAAUUUUGACUGUCACAACUAGGGGAGAGGGUGCUACCAGCAUUUGGUGAGCUGAGGCCAGAAAUGCUGCUCACUGUCCUAAAAUUCACAGAACAGCCUCCCAUAAGAAAAACUUAGCCAGCUCAAAAUGUCCACAGGGCUUACAUUGAGAAACUCCAGUACAGAGCCAGCAAAAUAUAUUCUACAAGGGAUGGGGGAGGAGAGUAAAGCUUAGGGGGUUGGUUAUGGAAGAGUUUACUAAAGAGAUAAUGAUUGGGGUUGGGAGAGAGGAUCCCCAGCAGAAGGGACAUGUGCAAAGCCACAUAUUGGCAUAUUUGGGCAAUCCCAAACACCAGAGGAAUUGUUGUGGGCAUUAGGACUGGACAGCAGGCAUUCCAUAGGAGCUAGACAUUCAAUGAAAUCUAUUGAGUUAGAGAAAAUCUGGUUCCGUGAUGGCUCUUUAUAUGUUGGUCACUCAAGAGCACAAUCUAGGUACAGAUCUCUGUGAACUAAAACUGCCCAAGAAACCUGUUUGAAAUAAGGCUUUUCUCAUCUUGCUUCCUUAGGUCCUAGGGUUUUCCAGGCAUUUGUUUCUUUCUCAGAAAUAGAGUUGGGGCUGUUUCAAUGGAAUGUGAACUCUGAGAGGUGGGAUAGGUCUCUAUUAAAGCCACUCAGGUGGGGUCUCAAUACUGGGAUCACGAGAAGAGAUGAUGUGGUUAUUUCUCAUGCAUUAUGCUUAUAGGCAGAUGAUGAUGUUUAUUUCCACUUUCAUAGAGAAUCCCAGUCCAGAAAUGGGAAUAUGUGAACCUUAAGAUUAGACUGCCACCUUGAAUCUAAUUGGGUUGCCUUCCCUCUCCCCCCCCCACAAAAAAUGGGGGUGAGUGAGUAAGCCAUUCCAAUCAGGCUUUCUCUCUCUCUUAAGCUAAUGAUGAUCAAAGCAACUGACAAACUGCCACGGAAUCUGCUAGAACUCACUCUGGCCUUGCCCUAUCCCCAGCUGCUGAACUUUUCUUCCUUCUGUCAUGCUCUGAGCCCAUUCUUAGCAAACUACCAGGCACCUGAUUCCUGGUCUGCAGCUACCUCGUCCUGUUGUGGUUUGAUUCAAGUGCCUGCCUCUGUUCCCUGGUGGCCCAAUGAUAGAGCUUAAUGGAGGUAUCUUCCAGCCCCUCCUCCAACAUCGACCCAGGCAACUAUGGUGAAGUGCAUGAUCUGAUCACCCAGAUACCCUCUCAAGUGCAGAUACAAGAUAUUACUAAGGAGCUACACUGCCCACUGUGUAAUGAUUGGUUCCGUGAUCCAUUGAUGCUAAGCUGUGGCCACAACUUCUGCCAGGCUUGUAUCCAAAACUUUUGGAAGCAGCAAGCAAAGGAAACAUUCUGUCCUGAGUGUAAGAUGCUAUGUCAAUAUAGCAACUGUACAUUCAACCUUGUGCUAGAGAAGCUGGUAGAGAAGAUUAAGAAGCUACCCUUACUCAAGGGCCAUCCACAGUGCCCAGAGCAUGGAGAGAACCUGAAACUAUUCAGUAAGCCAGAUGGGAAACUGAUCUGCUUUCAAUGCAAAGAUGCUCGGUUGUCUGUGGGGCAGUCUAAAGAUUUCCUGCAGAUCUCUGAUGCUGUCACUUUCUUCAUGGAGAGAUGUCCCUAUGGUCCUUCAUCUCCCAAGUUAGUGUGGAUUAAGUCUGUGUGGUAUUCCCAGGAGGAGCUCACCAUCCACCAGGGUCAACUGGAGACAACACUGAAGGAACUUCAGUCUCUGAAGAAUAUGCAGAAAGAUGCUAUUGCUGCUUACAAGGAAAACAAGCUACAUCUGCAGCAACACAUCUCCUUGGAGUUUCUAAAGCUACAUCAGUUCCUGCACAGCAAAGAAAAGAACAUUUUAAAUGAGCUCCGAGAAGAGGGGAAAGCCUUGAACGAGGAUAUGGAGCUGAAUCUGAACCAGCUUCAGGAACAGUGUCUCCUAGCCAAGGAGAUGUUGGUGAGCAUCCAGGCACGGAUGGAACAGCAGGAUCCCUUCGACUUUCUCAAAGAUAUCACAUCUCUCUUGGAUAGCUUGGAACAAGGAACAAAGGUGCUGAUACCCAGAGAGCUUAUCUCCAGAAAGUUGAACCCGGGCCUGUACAAAGGUCCCAUCCAGUACAUGAUGUGGAGGGAAAUGCAAUCCUCUCUCUCUCCAGGCCUAUCUCCAUUAACUCUGGACCCUAAAACAGCUCACCCAAAUCUGAUGCUCUCCAAAAACCGAACCAGUGUGUGGCAUGGUGACAUUAAGCAGGUAAUGCCUGAUGAUCCAGAGAGGUUUGACUCAAGUGUGGCUGUGCUGGGCUCAAAAGGCUUCACAUCUGGGAAGUGGUACUGGGAAGUGGAUGUGUCAAAGAAGACAAAAUGGACAGUUGGAGUCGUCAGAGAAUCCAUCAUUCGGAAGGGCAGCUGUCCUCUAACUCCUGAGCAAGGAUUCUGGCUUUUAAGACUAAGGAACCAAACUGAUCUAAAGGCUCUAGAUUUGCCUUCAUGCAGUCUAAAACUGACUAACAACCUCAACAAGGUGGGAAUAUACCUGGAUUAUGAAGGAGGACAGGUGUCCUUCUACAAUGCUAAAACCAUGACCCACAUUUACACCUUCAGUAGCACUUUCAUGGAGAAACUUUAUCCCUACUUCUGUCCUUGCCUUAAUGAUGGUGGAGAGAAUAAAGAACCAUUGCAUAUCUUACAUCCACAGUAAUUACUCAUACUAUUGUGUAAAUUCAGAGCGUUAUUAAAGAGGUAUUGAAAUAGUU